AUGUUCACUGUUGCUUUUUUCAGCCUGUCUUUGAUGAUUUGUCAGCCUGGGGUAACCAUACAGGAGAAGGUGAACCGCCGGGAAGAUCAGGGUUACACCCCCACACCAGUUUCCUGCCAGCUGAGCAACUGGUCAGAGUGGACAGACUGUUUCCCAUGCCAGGACAAGAAGUACCGAUACCGGAGCCUCCUGCAGCCAAACAAGUUUGGGGGAACCAUCUGCAGUGGCGAUAUCUGGGAUCAAGCCAGCUGUCACAGCCCCACAGCUUGUCUAAGGCAAGUGCAGUGUGGACAGGAUUUCCAGUGUAAGGAGUCAGGUCGCUGCCUGAAACGCCAUCUCGUGUGUAAUGGAGACAAGGACUGCUUUGACGGCUCUGAUGAGGAAGACUGUGAAGAUGUCACUGAAGGUGAUUGCAGCCAGUAUGACCCGAUUCCUGGAUCAGAGAGGGCAGCCUUGGGGUAUAAUAUCCUGACCCAGGAAGAAAGGCAGAGUGUGUACGAUGCCAGGUACUAUGGGGGACAAUGCGAGACGGUGUACAACGGCGAAUGGCGGGAGCUUCGCUAUGACGCUGCCUGUGAGCACCUCUACUAUGGAGAAGAUGAGAAGUACUUCCGGAAACCCUACAACUUCCUGAAGUACCACUUUGAAGCCCUGGCAGAUACUAUAAUCUCCUCAGAAUUGUACGAUGAUACAAAUGACCUUCUAUCUAAAGUAAGAAAUGACAAUUCUGCGUCUUUUGGAGUGACCUUUGGCAUAGGCCCUGAAGGUUCCUCUGUCCAGUUGGAAGCAGGCAUACAUGGAUCAGAAAGCAGAUCCCUCAUGAAACAGUUGAACCAGUACAAUAAUAAGCAAUAUCAAUUCAUGAGAAUUUUCACAAAAGUGCAAACUGCUAAUUUUAAGAUGAGGAGGGAAAAUAUCAUGCUGGAUGAAGGAAUGCUGCAGGCAUUAAUGGAGCUCCCAGACCAGUACAAUUACGGCAUGUAUGCCAACUUCAUCAAUGACUACGGUACCCAUUACAUAACUUCUGGAUCUAUGGGUGGCACUUACGAAUAUAUCUUGGUACUUGACAAAGAAGAAAUGAAAUCAACUGGUAUUACCAGCGAAGACAUCCAGAAGUGCUUUGGAGGACAUCUAGGUGUUAACUUUGUCAAGAAUAAUACAGAAAUUAAAGUAGGAUUAUCAGGGAAAACUUGUAGCGAGUUUGGAGGUGACAGUUCUGACCCACGCAAGAGGAAUGCAGCUGUGAAAGACAUCAUCUCCCGGGUAAAAGGUGGCAGUUCUCGCUGGGGCGGUGGCUUGACACAGAACAGCAUCAUCAUCACAUACCGUUCCUGGGGGAGGUCAUUAAAGCAUAAUCCUGUUGUUAUUGAUUUUGAGAUGCAGCCCAUCCACGAGCUGCUGCGGCACACGAGCCUGGGGCCCCUGGAGACCAAACGCCAGAACCUGCGCCAGGCCUUGGACCAGUACCUGAUGGAAUUCAAUGCCUGCCGCUGUGGGCCUUGCCUCAACAAUGGGAAGCCCAUCCUUGAUGGCACUAGCUGCAAGUGUCAGUGCCCCUUGGGUCGCCAGGGUCAAGCCUGUGAGCAAAUGGAGCAAACAGCAGUCAAGGCAGAUGGUCACUGGAGCUGCUGGAGCUCCUGGUCUGCUUGCAGAGCAGGCACCCAGGAAAGGAAGAGAGAAUGCAACAACCCAGCACCCCAGAAUGGAGGGGCCUCAUGCCCAGGGCGGAAAGUGCAGAGCCAGGCUUGCUGA